UAUGACAGAAGGCGCAGCUGAUGAAUGUCAGAAAAAGUUAACCGAGUCCGGUUUAUAGAGUAUCGUUUGUUUAAAUUAUGUUAUUAUUGUAGAGAAAUUAAUUAGAUGACACAAUCAUAAUGGUUCUUCAAAACACGGGAAAGUACAGAGCGGAUAGAGAUGACUCGAAUAAGAGGGAAGCUGGUUCAUCCACCGGCCCGAGAGAGGAGUCUUCGGAGUCUCGUAUUCGUUUGGCCCUGGAAAACGAUAGGAUUGAUUCGAAAUAUGGGUUCGACAGAGUAAGGGAUGUUAAAGAACGGACAGGGUACUUGAUAAACAUGCAUACUGCAGAAGUAUUAGAUGAAGACAAAAGGCUUGUAGCAGCGAUGGAUUACUACUUCAUAGAGAUGGAUGGGUCAAGGUUCAAAGUGUCCCUGACUUUCCAGCCAUACUUCUUGAUCCUGGCUCGCAAGGAGUGUGAACAGGAAGUCAUACAGUUCCUGUCCAAGAGAUUUGCUGGAACUAUACACAAGAUCAAUGUUAUUGAGAAGGAAGAUCUGGAUUUGCUUAACCACUUAUCUGGCAUUAAGCAACGGUACAUAAAGCUUUCGUUCAUGUCUCAAAAUGAAAUGAUGAAAGUUCGGAGGGAGAUACUAACAGCUGUCAACAAAAAUAAGGAGCGAGAGAAAAAAGAUCAGAUCUAUGCAGAAAUGUUGACCAAUGCGUUGACUAGUGCUGCUGCUAUAGAACAUGCUAAGAAGACUACUGAUCAUAUGGAGAAUAUUCUUGAUAUUAGAGAGCACGACGUCCCCUACCAUGUACGAGUAUCGAUAGACAUGCAAAUCUUUUGUGGUACCUGGUACACAGUCAAAAGCCGUGGUACAGAGACACCAAUUUUCACAAAAAGAGAUGACAUCAUAGAGAGACCGGACCCCAUAGUGUUGGCUUUUGACAUAGAGACUACAAAGCUACCGCUAAAGUUUCCCGACUCGCAGACUGAUCAGAUAAUGAUGAUAUCCUACAUGAUUGAUGGACAAGGCUACUUGAUAACCAAUAGGGAAAUUAUUUCUGUGGAUGUUGAAGAUUUUGAGUACACACCUAAACCAGAAUUUGAAGGCCAAUUUAUAGUGUUCAAUGAAGAAAACGAGCUAGGCUUGAUACAGAAAUUCUUUGAUCACAUUAUGGAUGUAAAACCUCAUAUUUUCGUCACAUAUAACGGUGACUUUUUCGACUGGCCGUUUGUGGAAGCCCGCGCGGCUGUUCUAGGCUUGGACAUGAAACAAGAAAUAGGGUUCAGUAAAAUUGCAGCCAGAGACGGCACUUACGCCUGUCGACCAGCCAUGCAUAUGGAUUGUUUGUGCUGGGUAAAAAGAGAUUCGUACCUACCUGUGGGUUCUCAAGGUUUGAAAGCCGUCGCCAAAGCAAAGUUGCGAUAUGAUCCUGUCGAGUUGGACCCUGAGGAAAUGUGCAGGAUGGCGGCUGAGCAGCCUCAGGUGUUAUCAAACUAUUCGGUGUCGGACGCGGUGGCGACGUACUACUUAUACAUGAAGUACGUCCAUCCCUUCAUAUUCGCGCUCUGCACCAUCAUCCCUCUGGAGCCAGAUGAGGUGCUUCGCAAAGGCUCAGGCACUCUAUGCGAGUCGCUACUAAUGGUGCAGGCGUUCCACGCGAACAUCGUGUUCCCCAACAAGCAGGUGGAGGAGCUCAACAAGCUCACUGCCGACGGACACGUGCUGGAGACCGAGACAUACGUCGGCGGACAUGUGGAGGCGCUGGAGUCUGGUGAGUGUUCACAUGCUGGUAUACUUGCGGCAGCUGCUGCUGAUGUGCAGGCGUUCCACGCGAACAUCGUGUUCCCCAACAAGCAGGUGGAGGAGCUCAACAAGCUCACUGCCGACGGACACGUGCUGGAGACCGAGACAUACGUCGGCGGACAUGUGGAGGCGCUGGAGUCUGGUGAGUGUUCACAUGCUGGUAUACUUGCGGCAGCUGCUGCUGAUGUGCAGGCGUUCCACGCGAACAUCGUGUUCCCCAACAAGCAGGUGGAGGAGCUCAACAAGCUCACUGCCGACGGACACGUGCUGGAGACCGAGACAUACGUCGGCGGACAUGUGGAGGCGCUGGAGUCUGGUGAGUGUUCACAUGCUGGUAUACUUGCGGCAGCUGCUGCUGAUGUGCAGGCGUUCCACGCGAACAUCGUGUUCCCCAACAAGCAGGUGGAGGAGCUCAACAAGCUCACUGCCGACGGACACGUGCUGGAGACCGAGACAUACGUCGGCGGACAUGUGGAGGCGCUGGAGUCUGGUGAGUGUUCACAUGCUGGUAUACUUGCGGCAGCUGCUGCUGAUGUGCAGGCGUUCCACGCGAACAUCGUGUUCCCCAACAAGCAGGUGGAGGAGCUCAACAAGCUCACUGCCGACGGACACGUGCUGGAGACCGAGACAUACGUCGGCGGACAUGUGGAGGCGCUGGAGUCUGGAGUAUUCAGAGCAGACAUAAAGUGCAAGUUCAAAAUAGUGCCGUCAGCAGUAGACAAACUUAUGGAGACCACGGAAAAGACCAUGAAACACGCCAUUGAAGUAGAGGAAGGGAUCCCACUGGACUUGGUGACGAAUUUCGACGAAGUUUGCGCAGAGAUAAAGACAAAGUUGCAGCAUAUGAAAGACCAUCCCAGGAGAGAUGAAAACCCACUAAUUUAUCACUUGGAUGUCGGCGCUAUGUAUCCGAAUAUUAUUUUGACUAACAGAUUACAGCCAUCAGCCAUGGUGAAUACGAGUAUAUGCGCGGUGUGCGACUACAACCGCCCCGGCGCCGCGUGCCAGCGCCACAUGGAGUGGAUGUGGAGGGGAGAUUACUUGCCGGCUACACGCAGUGAAUACCAGCGUAUACAGCAGCAAUUGGAGACGGAGAAGUUCCCCCCGCUACAUCCUGGAGGACCCACCAGAGCCUUCCACUCUUUGCCUAAAGAGGACCAGGCGGCUUAUGAGAAGAAGCGUUUAGCCGACUACUGCAGAGUGGCGUACAAGAAGACAAAAGUCACGAGAACAGAAGUCAGAACUACUACUAUAUGUCAGAAGGAGAACUCAUUUUACGUCGACACUGUUAGAGCUUUCAGGGACCGUCGCUACGAAUACAAGGCGUUAAACAAGCAAGCCAAAGCUAAAGUAGCGGAGGCGGUGGCUAGCGGCGACGCGGCGGAGAUCAAGUCUGCCAAGAGCAGGGAGGUGCUGUUCGACUCGCUGCAGCUCGCACACAAGUGCAUCCUCAACUCCUUCUACGGAUAUGUUAUGAGGAGAGGUGCUCGGUGGCACAGCAUGGAGAUGGCGGGCAUCGUGUGCUACACGGGCGCUAACAUCAUCAUGAAGGCGCGGGAGAUCAUCGAGCAGAUCGGCAGGCCGCUCGAGCUCGAUACUGACGGUAUUUGGUGUAUACUGCCGUCAUCGUUCCCUGAAAACGUGACGGUCCUCACAACGCAUGCUAAGAAGAAGAAGAUUAACGUCUCCUUCCCGAACGCAGUGCUCAAUGCUAUGGUCAAAGACCACUUCACAAACGACCAAUACUUCGAGCUAGUGGACCCUGAACUCAAGAAAUACGAGCAAAGAGCAGAGAACUCUAUAUUCUUCGAAGUAGACGGGCCGUAUUUAGCUAUGGUACUACCGGCUUCUAAGGAAGAAGGAAAGAGGUUGAAGAAGAGAUAUGCUGUGUUUAACUUCGAUGGAUCAUUGGCUGAAUUAAAAGGUUUCGAAGUAAAACGCCGUGGCGAACUGCAACUCAUCAAGAUCUUCCAAUCAUCAGUUUUCGAAGCGUUCCUCAAAGGGAACGAUUUAAAGUCCUGCUAUAGUGCAGUCGCUAAAGUCGCUGACUACUGGCUCGACGUACUAUACAGUAAAGGCAGCAAUAUGCCUGAUUCGGAACUGUUUGAGCUGAUAUCCGAAAACCGAUCCAUGUCGAAGAAACUUGAAGAUUAUGGAGGUCAGAAGUCCACUUCGAUUUCGACUGCGAAGAGAUUGGCGGAGUUUUUGGGUGAUCAGAUGGUGAAGGAUGCUGGGUUGGCUUGCAGGUUCAUAAUAUCAAAGAAGCCCGAGGGUGCUCCGGUAACGGAGCGAGCUAUCCCCCUCGCCAUCUUCCAGUCCCCCGCCGCCGUCAAACGACACCACCUGCGACGCUGGCUCAAGGACAACUCCAUCACUGAAGAUAUUGACAUCAGGGAUGUGCUCGACUGGGCGUACUAUAUCGAGCGUCUCAGUGGAGCUAUACAGAAGAUUAUUACGAUACCUGCUGCUAUGCAGGGGUUAGACAACCCAGUACCCCGCUGUCAAUACCCCGACUGGCUUCACAAGAAGAUGUUAGCUAAAACUGACAAGUAUAAGACGAGGAAGAUCACUGAUAUGUUCAGUGUGCAGCCUAAAGAGUUGCAGCAGAGCUCUGAUGAUGGACAGGAACCGUCUACCAGUGCUGAUGGGAAUAUGGAAACAGAAAUCGACAUAGAAGACAUAGGAAAGUCGACCACCGACAGAGACACCACAAUACGUCCGAUAGUGCACACGGUGAAGCGCAAACGCGAAGAGUCGCCCGUGAAGGAGCCGCAACACUGGCGCGAGGCGCUGGGUGCUCCGCCGCCUUUUGGGAAUACUAAGGAAGAGAGAAAGGCAUGGAUACUCUUCCAAAAGAAGAAAUGGCUCUGGCAAAUGGAACAACGUGGUUUACGCAACCGCAGCAAAAGAGGUAAAAUGGACAAGGAUAUGAUGCCUCCACCCAAGGCGGGUCCAGUUACUACUCUCGGAGGAUUCCUUAGGAAAGCUCAACGCACGCUACUCAAUACGCCCUGGCAGAUUAUACAGGUAGCCGAAACCCCCGAACCCGGUCUCUUCAAAGUCUGGGCUCUAGUAGGGUCCGAACUACAUCAGAUCAAGCUAUCAGUCCCGCGCAUAUUCUACGUGAACCAGCGCGUGGCCCGGGCGGCGGACAGCGGCCAGUACUGGCGCAAGUGCAGCCGCGUGCUGCCGCGGGCGCAUCCCGUGCUGCACCUGUACCAGUACACCGUGCCCGAGCACCUGUACCGGGAGCACCAGGAGGAAUUAACAUCGGAACUAUGCGCUCCAGAAAUCGAAGGGAUAUACGAAACACAAAUGAGUUUGGAAUUCAGAGUGCUGGUACAACUUGGCUGUAUAUGUACUGUCGAUCCACAAGAAGCGAGGAAGAUGAUUCAAUUCGGUUCAAGUAACAUGGAUUCCUUUGCGCUAAACCAACUACAGUUCAAAAGUGUGGCACUCCAACCGUAUUUACAAAAGCAGGACGGCGUCCCCCCAGUGAAACACAUCUACCUAUACCAGCACUCAGCGCUCAACUCUUCGCGUAGCAUGUGGGCAUUAGUACUGCCGCCCGUCAAACGCGCAUACAUAUACGUGCUAGACACCGUCAAGACUAACCAAGUGCCUAACAUGAAUACUUUGUAUUUGGCUGAGAGGACUGCCAAAAUAAACCUAGGCACAGAAGAAUCUUCCCUCCCCGGCGCCGAGCUAACAUGGGAAGUAGUAGUAGAGACCGAGUCCCGCGCCGUCAGCCGACACCUGCAACGCGCGUUGCAACGUUACAAGGACGAACGUUGCGGACCCACGCUGUUGGCGUUGCAGGCUACACUGUCGCCUCAUUUGUUGCUGCAACUAAUGCCAGGUUUAUCGGACUUUCCCCUUGUUCCUAUCCACGUGCGUGACGUGGAGACGCUAUACAGCGCACUGGAGUGGCAGCGCAUCGGCGCCAGAGCUAUCGUCAGACAUUAUCUAGCACUGGACGCCGUGCUGCAGCUUACUAUUGAGCAGUGCAGGUACUUCCACGUGCCCCUCGGCAACAUGCCAUCAGACCCGACGGUGUUCGGCGCCGACCUGUUCUACGCGCGACACCUCGUCAAGCACAACUUCGUGCUCUGGUGCUCCAAUAGAGACCUGCCUGAUCUGGGCGGCAGGGAGACUGAUGAUAAUAGGCUAGUAAGCGAAGUGGAAGAGCUAUCAGGGUGUACACACAUCGCUCGAGGUGCAUACAACAGUGUGUGCGUGGAGCUGGACACUGACGCGCUAGGAGUCUGUGCGUUACUGCAGGCGCACUCUAUACUGCACGCUGAGGGGACCAGCCUGGCCACCGCCUUCGGAGCCAACCAUGCCAACAUACAGGACGUUAUGGCUAAUGCUGGUGCGAAUGCGUCAAUGCCGUACGACGAGACGGCGCAGUGCAGCGCGGCGUUCAAGAUCCUGCGCACGAUGAUCGCGUCGUGGCUGCGGGACGUGACUCAGUACAAGAACGUCUUCGCUGAUCUGCAGAUAUCGCACUUUUAUAGAUGGCUCAAAACCCCCACAUCUCUACUCUACGACCCAGCAUUACGGCGUACUCUAUACAACUUAAUGAAGAAGCUCUUCCUCAUGCUAGUGGCGGAGUUCAAGCGGCUGGGCUCGCACAUCGUCUUCGCGGACUUCAAUAAAAUCCUGUUGUGUACUAAGAAGAAUAAUGUUAUGGAUGGCAUCGGUUACGUGGAAUUCGUGGUGCAGAGCAUCAGGAACAAGGAGCUGUUCCACGGCAUAGAUAUCCGGUACAAGCAGUGCUGGUCAUACCUGCUGUGGCUGGACGAGGCUAACUAUGCUGGAGUGCAGGGUAAAUUGCCGGAAGGUCUGACAGAAGUUGGAUCGUCGCAACUACCCGCAGCCAGUGAAAAUGGUGAUGACGAGGACAGUGCAAUAACAAUGCAGUGGAACUUAGCGAACUUCCUGCCGGCGCCAGUGCGGGAGCCGUUCACGGCGGCCGUGGCGGGCUUCCUCAGCGCCGCAUACUCGCAGCCGAAGGAACUGCCUAAUCUGAUACGUGGGGAAAUCUCGCAGAAGCUGUUUCAAGUGACAGAGAAGAUAAACUCCCGCUACCCGGCGUUACGUCCGGCCGACAUCGGGCGUCAGCCGGGCCUGAAGCCGGACGCGUUCUCGGGCGAGUCCAAGCCCGCGCUGCUGUAUGUCAACGCUGUGUGUAAAGUGUUCUCACUUGAUCCCACGUUGGAAGACGAGGUGACCCUCCUCCGUCGCAACUUACUCCGUCUGAUCAGCGUGGGCGAGUUCAGCGCCGCAGCCGAGUGGCGAGACGCCUGCAACUCGUGCCUGCUCACCGAGAUCAUCUGCAACGUGUGCAACCACUGCCGCGACCUCGACCUCUGCAGAGACACUAACACUGAUGUCGUUAGUGACGUGCCCGUAUGUUUAUGCCCUACGUGCGGCACUCCGUAUGAGAAUCAAGAGCUCGAGUGGAGACUGAUUGAGAUAAUGAACAGGCGAACUAUGUCCUAUAUACUACAGGAUCUGAUUUGCAAACGGUGUCACCAGGUAAAACGAGAAAACAUGACAAUGGUGUGUGAAUGCGCUGGCGAGUUCACCCUGAUGGUGCCCACAAAGGAGGUGCUAUCUCAACUCAACACCUUCAAGACGAUAGCCGACUACUACAAGAUGCCCUUACUGUCAGAACUUAUUGAAUACCACCUUAGCAACACGUGAUAUUAUAUUUGU